AAUUAUAUUCGCGUCCAGUCCGAAUAUAUUAUCUUGAUUAUUUACCAUGUAGUCCGCUUCCAGCGCUACUCUGCGUGCACCAUAAUAAACUAAGAAAGCAAACUUACUCCCUUUUCCCCUUACCACGUCUAAGCGGCCACCGCCGGAAACCCGUUACUCAUUCGUUUUUGGUGCACUCUUCUGUGCGGUCGUUUCUUCCGUGCCUACGUACUGUACUCCGUUUGUUUUGCAGCGUCAUCUGGUUCUUUUUGUUUUUUUCCAUUUACUCAGCGGACAAUGGGUAAACAUAAAAGAGACAGAUCUAGGAGUAGAUCGUCGACUAAGCGUUCUUUUAACAAAGAAAUUAGAGAUCUCAAGAGGAAAUUGGAUAAGUUGGAAAAGGAGAGAGACAGGGCUAAAAGAGAUUUUUCCCGCUUCCGCGAAAGUUGUUCUCGUAAUGAAACAAUUUCACGAGGGAAUAGAGAAUGCCGUUCUCCGAGUGAGUCGGAUUCUUCAAGGCGGCGGCGGCGGCGCUCCAGGUCCCAACGUCGUUCUCCCAGUGAGACGAGUUUGAAUCCCGGGCGCGACACUCAAGGUCGCCGUGAAGGUCGUUCUUCGAGUAAGGCGACUUCUACAAAGCUUCCCUUUCGAAGGGAACAAGAAAGCCGCAGCCCCAGCGUCGCUCUCUCUCUCUUUACUCGUACUGACACGAGUCGCGCAGCUAAUAGCGCAACUAUCGAUUUCGUUGGACCUGGCGGCCGUCACUCGAGUAGUGCGGCGCUUGUGGCUAGUUCUGCUGAUUUUUCUCCCCGAAAAGAGGAGUCUCCUGCUCUAAUCUUGCUUGAUGAUGCGGGCAUCUCUGAAGAAAUUCGACUUAUUUUGGGUCCCGAUCCAAACCAGCAGAAAAAGUCAACAUUUAAUUUACACAAGGCUGUAGAGCCAAUUUGGACUCAUAUUUUAGGUUUUGGCCUUCCUAAAGAAGAGUGUGAUGAGCUCUUCAAAAAAUACGAGCUCCCUAUCAAUUGUAAGUUUCUUACACCCCCUCGUAUUAACCCAGAGGUCGAGGCCAACUUGAAUACGCUUCAUUCUACCAGGGACCAAACGCAUUCACAAUACCAAUUUCGGCUGAGCAAGGCUUUAGCUGCCCUGGGCAUUUCUUUGAAUGUGAUUUUGGAGGAGGAGGAGAAUAUUCCUAGAGCUUCCAAGGAUAGAAUUUUAUCAAGUAUCGCGGAUUCUGGACGCUUGCUUUGUAGCCUUUUCAACGAUAUUUCCCUUAAGCGACGUCAACUUAUUCUUCCUCUCAUGAAUAAACAUAUCAAGACUUUAGUGGAACAAAUCCCUCCUGGAGAUUUUUUAUUCGGGCCCGAUUUAGGUGACAAGAUCCAAGCCAUUAAGACUAUGGAAAAGGUCGGAAAGGAGAUUCGUGUACCCCAGCCCCUCUACAACAGAUACCAACAGAAUUCAGUUGCGUUUCAGAAAAAGAAGGGAGGGGGGGCAGAGAAGUCACAUACAGCUACUAGUGGUCAGUUAAACCGGAGACGCCCGACCUACCGAAAGAGAGAGGUAAGGUCACAGAGAGGGCGACUCUCGAUGCCCCAAAAAUCAUCAAUACAUCAGAAAUACCGUUAAUGCAGCAAUCAUCCUCUGGCCUACCAACUUUCCCUGGUGGCCGCCAGAUUAUCCGGGAGUCUUUUUUAAGAAAAGGUGUCCCGGAGAUUGCAGUGGAAACCACGAUGGCGUCGAUCGCGGAAUCUACAUUUAAACAAUAUAAUUCAACCUACCGCCUUUGGUGGGCCUUUUGUCUGGCAGAGAAGACCCCAGUGUUUCAACCUUCGAUCAAGGAGGUGGUGACCCUUCUACAAACAACUUCGGAGAAGCAUAAUACCAAAUACGGAACUAUUAAUUGCCAUAGAUCGGCACUAAGCCUUAUUUUAAAUCAGGAUCUAGGUUCAGAUCCGAUCAUUAAAAGAUUCAUGAAAGGAAUGUCUCGUUUAAGGCCUUCUCAACCAAGAUAUUCAAACACAUGGGAUCCUCAGUUGCUGCUGUCGUAUUUCGAAGGUUUACCGAAGGAAUUGAGCCUCCGAAUGCUCUCUCAAAAGUUAAUUACUCUAUUGGCGCUUAUUACUGGAGGUCGGCUUCAAACUCUUUCCCUGAUUAGGCUCUCAAAUAUAAGUGAAAGUCAGGAGGAAAUCCAGAUUAAUAUCACGGAUCCAAUAAAAACAUCAGGACUUAAUAAGGAACAGCCCACGCUUCAUAUUCCGUUCUACAGUGAAAAGCCCAGUCUUUGCGUAGCGUCAACUUUAAAGAAGUAUCUCGCAACAACAAAGCCCCUUAGAGCACCGAAUCAAGACUUUUUGUUCGUCACAACUAAGAGACCUCAUUCCACUGCAUCUAAACAAACAUUAAGCAAAUGGGUUAAGCAUGCCUUAGGCUCAGCUGGCAUUGAUACUUCAAGAUUCAAACCUCAUUCUACGAGGCACUCCUCUUCUUCAGCUGCUUUAAGACAAGGGGUUUCUUUAGAAUCAAUAUGUAGAACCGUAGGAUGGUCAGAGCAAACAGGGACGUUCGCUAAGUUCUACAAUCGACCCCUUGGCGAUAAAACUGCUUUUGCCAAUGCAAUCUUAAGGUUAUCCAAACGACCUUGAAUUAUAUAUAAGUGUAUCUACAUACAUUUAAUUUAUACUUACCUAAGCUUUACGAAGUUAUUAACUUCGAUUUGUUACGUUUUCCAUUUAAAGUUUUUUUUUUCUAGAAUUACUUUAUUUUCUGACUUAGUUUACUGUAACAAUGUAUCUUUAUAAUACAUUUUUUUCACAAGAUUACCUGUGUGGGGUGUUCUUCUAUUCGCAACUUUUUUUCUUUGAACAUCUACAUGGUAAAUAAUCAAGAUAAUAUAUUCGGACUGGACGCGAAUAUAAUUAUACGAUUAAACGAACUUACCUAAGUGAAGUUCGAUCGUAAUUAUAUGAGGCGUCCAGUCCGAAUAUAUUAUCUUCCCGCCCUCCCGUUCGAAAGUACCCCAAGUUGCUCAUAGUAAACACUUCUUUAAAGAAUGAGUAACGGGUUUCCGGCGGUGGCCGCUUAGACGUGGUAAGGGGAAAAGGGAGUAAGUUUGCUUUCUUAGUUUAUUAUGGUGCACGCAGAGUAGCGCUGGGAGCGGACUACAUGGUAAAUAAUCAAGAUAAUAUAUUCGGACUGGACGCCUCAUAUAAUUACGAUCGAACUUCACUUAG